AUGCCUCGGCCCGCAACAUGCCCAGGGAAUGCCAACAAACAUCCCGGACAGGAGGUAAUUGCUGCUGAAAAAAAGAAGGUAUCAGCAGAGAAAUCAGCCAAGGUGACUGCCUUGGAUAAUGCCCAAAAGCAGGUCACUGCAAAGGAAGAUGCCAUGGCUGUCGAGCAGAUGGCUCAAUGUGCUGGCCCUGGACCCCUUGUCAGAGCAAAGCCUAAGCUGCACCCAGCGACCAAGGCAGUCACAGCACCAACUGCAAACCUCAACAAGACGCAUAAGCCUUACGAAAUAUAUAAUGUUGCAAGGACUUACCAAUCCUAUACCAUUUGUACAGCUGUUGGGACAAGUCCAGCAUCUCAAGACACCAACACCCAAAGGAAAAAAUAUCCAGGCUUGAAACUCACCUUCAAGGAUGGUGUGAACGCCAGUCGAAAAGUGUCCAAUAAUGGUGUAGCAUCCUUAAGUGAAACACGUGUUGGAAGCGCCAUUGAUGAUGGGAAAUUCCGGAAGUCGCUGGGAUCUGAAUCAUCCAAGCUUGCAGAGGUAGCGGGAGUAGGGAAGUGGGCCAGAGGUGUGGUGUCCAAGUCCCAAGUGAAGCCUUCUGCGCCACCAAGUGCACAUGCCAGCGUGAUCGCACACAAUUAUGCAGAAGGAUUCGAAGACGAUGACCCACCUGAAGAUCAUGACGAUAGCAUACCUACGAGUUGGGGUGGGCUGACCACCGAUGAACCGAGGGGACGAAAACGUGGAUUAUCCACGGCCUUGACAGACAACCUCGAACCCGAAGAGCAGCGUGAAAUGGAGGAAGACCAAGAUGCUGAUGAAGAUGUUCAGGAGGAUGUCGACAUGACGGAUCAGCAGGGUGACAUUGAGAUGUCAGUUAGUGUUAUGGAGAUCGCAACAGACGACCAGACACCUAAGUCACAUAAUUCAGCUGGGGUAAUAGUCAAUAGACCAGUGAGCCAGCUAUGGAAGGACCAGGAAGCAUGUGUUAAUACAUUUGGGCCAGGAUGCUGUUGUACUGGGUACUGGCGGAUGGGCCCAGAUAUGGACCCAACCAUUCCUAGGUCCCCCAUCUAUAAUGGUUGGGCUGUCGUAUCCAAGACCGGCGGAUGGGCCCAGAACAUAACCUCGUCGGGCAGGCUGUUGUACCAGGUCCUCAUCUAUGAUGGUUGGGCUGUCGUAUCCGAGACUGGCGGAUGGGCCCAGAGCACAACCUCAUUGGGCAGGCUGUUGUACUGGGUACUGGUGGAUGGACCCAGAUAUGGACCCAACCAUUCCUAG